CUGCCUGGCAUCUACCUGCGUCACUAUGGACAACAGAGCCUCGAGGGUAUAUCAUGGAUUUGUCAUCACCACGACCUGCUUCAUGCUUUGUCAGCCAGCGGACGCUGGCUCCGACCUUGGUGUUUGUCACAGCACUGUUGUUAUGCGGCCCGAUUUUGUGUUGUCCGUUCUGUGUUGUAUCGCAUUCCAACAGUUCGCUUUUAUCGCACUUGCGGUAGAUGAUGGUCUAGACUUGCUCUCUCCCACCGAGUAGUAAUAUCAUUCAUUACAUCUGGCCAAACGUGAUGAGCAGCGCCAUGGCGACUUCGCAAGCAGCAAAGAUGGAGGACGCCGAGACUCGGAAAUCUUCCAAAGUCUCAGACGAGGAGAAGGCGUUGAGCGCCACGGAUGAAGGCAACAUCGCACAGUCAGGUCCGAAGUCGAACUGGAACAAGCCCUUGCGAUUCUACCUCGCGUUUCUUUGCCUGUUACUGAUGGUGCUGAUGGUGUCUAUCGACGCGACAGCGCUGGGUGUUGCCAUUCCAACCCUGACGACAGAUCUGCGAGGCACGACUCUCCUGGCAUUCUGGACCAAUAUCUCAUUUAUGCUGGCCGUGGCCAUCAUACAACCUAUCUAUGCUUCGGUAUCAGAUGUUCUCGGACGGAAGUCGCCUCUCUACUCGGCAUUUUUCUUAUUUGGACUCGGCUCCAUCGUUUUUGCCGUCGCGCCAUCCAUGCCCGUUGCUGUCUUGGGAAGAGUGAUUCAAGGUUUGGGAGGUGGUGGGCUUGACGUUUUGAGCGAAGUUAUUGUCGCAGAUAUUACAACUCUCAAGGACCGAGCGCUGUGGAUCGGGCUUCUCUCUAUCCCGAUGGCCACAGGCUGUAUCCUCGGGCCGAUCGUAGGCGCACUCUUCGCAGAGCACGUCUCCUGGCGCUGGAUUGGCUGGAUCAACCUACCUAUCAUUGCAGUUGCGCUUCCUUUGGCCAUUUUCUUCAUGAAGUUGAAGCCGAUCGAGGACGACCUUAAAACGAAGUUGCGCAACAUCGAUUGGAUCGGAAUCGCUCUCUUCGCGGUCGGCAGUAUCCUUUUUGCGGUUCCACUCAGCUGGGCAGGGAACCUCUAUCCAUGGGGUUCCCCGAUGUUCCCAUACCGCAUAUUUGGUUCGCGCACCGCCAAAGUCGUCCUGUAUGGCGCAUUCAUCCACGGUCUGGUCCUAUAUGCCCUCCUUACCUACCUGCCUUUGUAUUUCGAGUCAGUCCGCCUUGAGACACCGCUCCAGGCUGGUGUCUCGAUUCUCCCUUUCUGUGCCGUUGUGAUGGUCUUCACCGGCAUUGCGGCAGCUGGCAUCGAUUAUUUCAAGAAAUAUCUCUGGGAGCUGUGGGCAGGCUGGAUAUUCCUCACAGUCGGUGUUGGUCUUUUCUGCAUUUGGGACAGGAACUCUUCGCUCGCGAUCACAGCAAGCUUUCAAGUCAUUGCCGGAAUCGGGCUCGGGACGAUUUUUACCGUACCGCCCAUCCCAAUGCAAGCCAGUGCUCCAUCGGUCGAGGACCAGGGCCUCGCCAUCGGAAUCCUUGUUUCGUUCCGAUUGUUCGGAGGGUUGAUCGGACUGGCCAUCGGCGCCACGGCUUUCAGCAGCACCUUUGCAGCAUCCAUGAAUAGCAUGGCUGCUGGACUGCCGGAACAGCUCGCUGUUCUCCGCGAUGCAUCCCAGGCGAUUGGCUUCAUCCCCCAGCUCAAAACUCUGAACCUCGACCCCGCACUGAUCAGUCCGGUUUUGGACUCGUAUGAUAUGGCUUGGAGGACAGUGUGGUAUGCUCUCACGGGCCUUGCAGUCACCGGUUGUGUACUCGCCUUCUUCACCCAAGAGCUUUCACUGGAAAAUGAAGAGGAGGGAAAGCAAGGUCUGCAAUGA